AUGUUCCGCUCAAGCAAAUCUGGCGGCAAAUUCGCCGACGAGCCGCGCCUCGACGAUGUCUCAGCCGAAGAGGCUCCCGAUUACAACCAGCAAUAUAGAGCACACAACCUCGACACAGGCAACGAUGGUUUAAUCGAUCCGGAUUCAGGCGUCAAGCGCGGCUUGAAAGAUCGUCACUUGUCCAUGAUGGCGCUCGCUGGCAUUAUCGGGCCUGGUUUGCUGGUUGGCGCGGGAGGUGCCUUGAACAGCGGUGGCCCGGCGUCAUUAAUCAUCGGAUUUGGUGUUAUUGGUAUUAUUGCCUUCUCCAUUAUGCAGUCUCUGGGUGAAAUCACCACUUUGUACCCCGGCGGCGGCGCCUUUGUCUCUUUAGCUGAACGCAUGGUGGACAAGUCCUUCUCCGUGGCGGUUGGCUGGAACUAUUUCAUCAUCUGGGCCACUGUUUUGGCCAGCGAGUACAAUGUCAUCUGCAGCAUCCUCCACUUCUGGGCACCGCAGGUCCCUCUCUGGGGCUGGUUCCUCAUUCUAUGGAGCAUAUUCCUGGCUUUUCAAAUCAUCGGCGGCAUCACUGCUUUUGGCGAGGCAGAGUAUAUCCUGGCCCUCAUCAAGAUUCUCGGCUUAACGGCCUACUUUAUCUUUUCCAUCGUAUACGCAUCCGGAGGAUUGAUUGGCCAAGACGGCCCUGUUGGAUUCAGAUACUGGCAUAACCCGGGAGCCUUCAACGGCCAUGGUUUCCGAGGAGUUGCGACUGUCUUUGUCUUUUGCUCUACUUUCUACGCUGGAGUCGAGUCUGUGGCUGUGGCUGCUACCGAGACGAGAAAUCCGGGCACUGCUGUGCCGCGAGCUAUACGUCAAGUCUUCUUCCGCAUCAUCUUCGUCUACAUGGGAUCGGCCUUCUUUUUUGGCCUCACUUGCCCGGCUGAUUCUGAUGAGCUUAUCAACGGAGGUGCCAAGGCGCUGCAGAGCCCCAUGACGAUUGCUAUACAAAAUGCCGGUUGGAAUGGAGGUGUUCAUCUCAUUAACGCCUUCAUCCUCAUAACAUGUCUGUCAGCCGUCAAUUCAUCCAUCUACAUCGGCUCUCGUACCGUCCUGUACAUGGCGCAAUCCGGAAAGGCCCCCAAGAUCCUCGGCUGGGUCAAUAAGCGCGGCGUCCCAGUCUGGUCAAUCCUUCUCACAAACGCCGUCGGUGCCAUCUCCAUGAUGAACGUCUCGACCGGAGCAUCAGAGGCAUACAGCUACAUCAUCAACCUCGCCGGUGUCAGCACAUUCCUCGUCUGGGGAAGCAUCAGCUUCAUCCACUUGCGCUUCCGUCGUGCGUGGACUGUGCAGCAACGCCGAGUAAGCGAUUUGCCGUUCAAGAGCAUGUUUUACCCUUAUAGCCCCUAUUUCGGCUUGUUUGCGAAUAUUUUCCUUGCUCUUGUUCAGGGCUGGACGACAUUAUCACCGUUUACUGCUGGCAAAUUUGUUGAUGCGUAUAUCCUUUUGCCGCUCUUUGGCGUCAUUUACGUUGUUUGCAAACUUUACUGGAGAGGACAAGAUAGAUUCAAGAGAAGCUGGGAUAUUGAUUUAGACAGCGGGCGGAGAACCGAUCUAGAUAAGAGUGGCUUUGUUGGAGAGGCGUAUGCGGAGCAGACGCAAAAGGUGCCGCUUUGGAGAAAGCUUUGGCAGUCAUUUUAG